CGAUAUAUAAUAACAAUAUAGAUUUGAUGGAGCAAAGUCAUUUUGCAGGCUCAAGAGCCAACGGUAACACCAGCAAUGGCAUCGGUGAUGCCUUUGGACAAGCACCUGGAGUGUCGCAUUACACUUUGCCCGGAGUGAUGCAGUAUUUGCAGUCGCAGUUUACCACAGUGGAGCGCAACAGGAUGAUGUCUGAUUUAGAAAGGUCAGCUUUGAAACUUCGUAUUGUGGAGCUCGAGAGCGAAAGAAAUACGCUCAAGCUCCAGAAUGAAAAGUUGAAAGCUCGUGUGGAGGAAUUGGAAAAGGAACACACGCAGACCAAGGAGCCUUCGACGGAUGAAUCAAAUGUUGAUCGCCUGCUCACUGUGGACAAUAUCGAUGUCACAAGACUUGUGAAGGCAAGACAAUUCCUAAAGACGGCAACAAAUGAGAUUCUUUAUAUGCUGAAAAGUCCCACGGUCGAGCUUUCAGACCCAUUGCAUUUUUCUAAAGACGAGACAUAUGAAUUCUACUCUAACCUUAACGCACGCUCGACGCCAUCACAGAAGGCCAGCACAUUAUCUUCUGAGGACAGUGCUGCUGCUGAUUACCUAGAUAUGGCUAUUUCGUUAGAGGCCAACAACAAGCCACACAAUGACGAUAAUCACAAAGUUCCUGCACAGGCAGUUGCUAAGCCAUCCAAAACCACGGUCAUAAACGAAACCAUUGGCAAAUGUUUCUUGGUGGAUGGAUUUUUAUUUGCGUAUCUACCGGAUAAGAAAUGCAUCAACGUUUGGUCCAACUCCAAAAAUGGUGUUGAUUUGAAACACACUGUUUUGGUGGGCUCCACAAAGGUGGAAGACGUCCUUUAUCAUAAAGGGGUGCUGAUUGUUUUGAGCGUCAAAAACGUUCUUGCGUUUAAGCUGGAAACCAAAGAAAUCUCAAUACCGCUGGCCACGUACGAGUGGGACGAACCUAUACAUUUUAUCGAUUUUAGGGAGGACCGACUCGUCGCCGUUUUUGAUGACAAGGUUGAAAUACUCAAGCUAGAGCGCCAAGAUGAAUGUUUUGAGCCGAUUUAUGCCAUUGACCGCAAUUCCGACAUUAAGUUUCUGGCAGCCAAAUUCACAAACCUGCACGAUUAUGAUCUGGCAAUUCUCUCCAACAAGUCGUUGAUUUUGCGCAACACAAAACAGCAAUUCAAGAGCAAGCUCACGAAAACGAAGGCGUGGAACGCAAAAACUUUCGAUAAUGUCAUCGUGACACCCGAGUAUGUUCUCUCACGAGAAAAAACGGCUCUCUCUUGCAUUUGGUAUAAAGAUCUCUCCUUUGACGAGCGCGUUAUUGAAGAGCUCUCGGAUAAGGCUCAACUAGGGUUUUCCCUUGAUGACCCCGGCUUGUUGUUUGUCGUGAGCCCGAAAAAUAGUGGCUCCCAGUUGUUAUUCUAUCAAUGGAGCGACGAUGAGUGCAGCGUUUCUUCUCAGAUGGAACUGGACGAGCAAUUCAAGCAGGUGUGCGUGGGGCAGUUUGGCAGUAAGGGAGCGGUUGUGGGAGUUUCCGCAACCGGUAUCUCUCUUUUCAAUGAAUGGGAAAUAAUUUAAGCAGUUCCAGCGCUAUGCAAGAAAAACAUCGAUUUGAAUUUACACCAUGAUAGGCAACCAUUUUGUGUUCAAGAGAGUUUUGCUAACCAUCCUCUUUAGCUUCUUUGCAUCGCUGUUGAUCUACACUGAUUAUUUGCAGGAGUUAUACUUAUUCAGCAAUAAGUUCAGGCUCACAGAGUUUAAAGUGGACAUGAGCACCUAUCAUUUUCUGAAGAAAUACUCUGACCUGGAACAGCAUUCGCUCUCUUCUAUUAAGCUUUCAAAGGUCUUGAACACCAUAGAGCAAACGAGUGGCGAUUUGGAUACUGCUGCUAAAGAAUUAUAUCUAUAUCCUCCAUUUCCCAAGUUGGACCUCGUCUAUGUGGGGCCCACAUUUAUCGAGAAUGGUUCGCUAUCGCUCAAUUGUGAAUACAGUUUCAUGAAAUUCAAGUGCCGUGUGCAAGGGCUCAUUCGCAGCGAAAAGACAUAUCUGGUUAACACAUAUUUGAGCGACUCGAAAUUCGAGGAAAUUGAGUUUCAUGCUUUGUGGAGAAACAUAGGCCAGUUCUUCAAGGCCAAUCGUCAUAGCGACGAGAACAGUACGAAUUUGCGUUUAAUAGCGAAUUACCUGUUCCUGUUUGGCUUUAACGGUACCCAUAUCCCUCUUUUUGCGUCCUCGUCCGCUGAGGUCGACUCGGCAACCAUUGAAAAUAAGAUCGAGCUUUACAAUAAGAUACAAAGCACUAUUCGGGACUUCAUCGCGCUGGUCCAGUUAAAAAUGGUCAAUUUUGCGCUCAUUGCUGUUUCGUUCAUUGCCGUCUUGGUAUUGCAUCUUAUUCUUUAUUGGGUGCUCUACCUGGUAUGCGGGUAUGGAUCAAAAAAAAAUGCUGAAAACGGCCCUUUGGUGAACCACAAGGAUGUUGUUGUGCAGGAUUUCAAUUCGCACUCCAAUUGCGCGAUAAAAUUCGACCAACCAAGAAAGCCCGAUUUGAUUACCGGGUCAUCUGAUCUGGAGCAGCAGAGUGACAACAACGCAGAUUUCCAGAACCAGGAUCUAUUGGGUAAAAGCCGUUUCGCGUUUGGGCUUAUAAUAAUUUAUUGUCUCGUCCACUAUCUCGUGUACUACGUUAUUGAUUUCCUAAUUCAGCAAGCCAUCAACCAGGUCUUCCGGAGUGUCACAAAUGGAGAAAUCGAGCUGAGCGGGAUAAGCAGCACAAACACGUUGGUUGCAGCUUCAGGACUACCAGAUUUGGCCCCGUUGUCCGAUGGCUCCAGCUGGAACAAUAGCGGAGGAGAAACCUUUACUUCGCUGCUAAAUAUAAGUGGCCUGGUUCUGAAUACGCUUAUAUUCAGCUUUUUCCACUACCUUUAUGGCAUUUUGGUGUACGUUUACACGCUAACUUGAGUAUGCCAAGAUUGGGCUCUCCAAAUUUUUUUUUGGAGCGGUGAAUCCGAUAUAUUCGAAAGCGGCUAUAAAAGGAUCUGGUCGUCAUAAAAUGUGGGCUAUCUUGCAUACGAUUGACGAAAAUGAAACAAUUUUUGCUUCUCCCGCUACUUUGCAAGGUUGCUUUUGGACGUGCAAAUCCUAUUGCAUUUGCCGAGGCUCUUGCUUUAGAGCAUGGAUCCGCUUACGCAAACACCAUGGGUGAAAUUGCAAUGCUCUACCCAACUGAUAGAGAAUGGUCGGAAGAGGCGGAGACAAUUGCCCCAUGCGGGUCCUACGCUACUCCUUCCAAUAGAUCGGAGUUCCCCCUGGACGAUGGUUUCGUGGCCUUGGUUGCAAAGUCUCACCAGGCAUGGUCUGUCAACCUCAAGAUUUCCUACAGCGACAAUCCAACGUCGAAUGAUGACUUUGAUACAUGGGCCACUCAUAACUUGACCAGUCAGAUCGACAUCGGACACACAUGCUACUACCUGCCAGACAUUCCUUCCAACAUCAAUAGCGGAGACCAUGCUACCAUCCAGCUGGAGUACAUGGCUCUGGAAGAUGAGUCGAACGUGACGCACUACGCCUGUGCCGAUGUCGAGUUUGUUGAGAAGAGUGUCUUUGAGGUUACCGAGUAUGCUCUGGACUGCUUCAAUGCUACCGAUGACAACUACUACUCCAGCGAGAUCACUGUGGACACUAGUUCCUGGCUCUCGUCUGCCUCCUCAGCACACUUUGCUACAUUGUCUGAGAGUACUACUUCCAAGGCUGCCACCACCACUUCUUCGUCAAGCAGCAGCAGUACCAGCUCUGCUACAUCCACUUCUUCUUCCAGCUCCCGGGGUAUGGCAGGACAAGUUGCAGCCUCGAGUCCAUUCGGGCUUGUUUUUGGCUCUCUCUUGUUCUUUCUUCUAUAGGUGAAUGUACAUAUGCUAGAGAGUGUAUUGUGACUUCCAGUUGUAACUUUGUAGCACGUUCAUUGGACUUGGGAGUUUCCACACUUUUAGUUCUUCGCACGACCCCUUGUGGUUUUCCAUUUUAUUCAUUAUUCCGAAUUUUCACUGAAUUAUUUUCAGCUCAUGUUUAGACUCGCCAGAUUUGCUGCUGCACCGCGCGUUCUGCGGAGCGCGGCGCCCGUGCGGCCGUUUCAUAGAUCUGCUGCUGUGCGUGGCUACGAGGAGGAAAAGGCUGUGCUCGACGACUUGUCUUCGAAGCUCUCCGAGGCCGACGUGAAAAGACUGUCGAAGAUGAGAAAUAUAGGUAUUUCUGCCCACAUCGAUUCCGGAAAAACCACGUUCACCGAGCGUGUGUUGUUCUACACCGGCCGUAUCAAGGCGAUCCACGAUGUCCGUGGAAAGGACGGUGUCGGUGCCAAGAUGGACCAUAUGGAUCUGGAGAGAGAAAAGGGAAUCACUAUUCAGUCUGCUGCCACGUACUGUUCUUGGGACAAAGACGACGAGCACUACCAUUUUAAUCUUAUCGACACUCCAGGCCACAUUGAUUUCACUAUUGAGGUCGAGCGUGCACUGAGAGUGCUGGACGGUGCUGUGCUUGUUGUUUGUGCGGUUUCUGGUGUUCAGUCUCAGACGGUGACGGUUGAUAGACAGAUGAAGAGAUAUAAUGUUCCCAGAAUCACCUUCAUCAACAAGAUGGACAGAAUGGGCGCCAAUCCGUGGAGAGCCAUUGAACAGAUCAACAAGAAGCUGAAGAUCGCCGCUGCUGCCGUGCAGGUGCCUAUUGGAGCAGAAAAAGAGCUUUCCGGGGUGGUGAACAUCAUUGACCGCCAAUCGAUUUAUUUCGAAGGCUCGCAGGGAGAAAAGUUGAGGAUCGAGAAAGAGGUGCCUGCCGAUCUUGUUGACCUUGUUGAGGAAAAAAGAGCUGUUCUGAUCGAGAUGCUGGCAGACGUGGAUGACGAGCUGGCAGAGGUGUUUCUGAACGAGGAGGAGCCAAGCGCAGACUUGAUCAAGGCUGCUAUUCGCCGUGCUACCAUUGCUAGAAAGUUCACGCCGGUGCUGAUGGGGUCUGCGUUGGCCAACAAAGGUGUGCAGCCGGUUCUCGACGCGGUUGUGGACUACCUGCCUAAUCCGUCUGAAGUUUUGAACACGGCCCUGGAUAUUGCCAAUAACGAGGCUCCAGUCAAUCUAAUUGCCGCCUCGAACCAGCCGGCCGUUGUGCUCGCCUUCAAGCUGGAGGAAGGCAAGUAUGGCCAGCUGACGUACCUGCGUGUGUAUCAGGGCCGACUGAAAAAGGGAAUGAUGAUCACACACGUCAAGACGGGCAAGAGAGUGAAAAUUGCCCGACUCGUGAGAAUGCACUCGAACGACAUGGAAGACGUGGACGAAGUGGGGGCCGGUGAGAUCUGCGCCACGUUCGGAAUCGACUGCGCCUCCGGAGACACGUUCACAGACGGCCAGGUCAACUACUCGAUGUCGUCGAUGUACGUUCCGGACGCUGUGGUGUCGCUGUCGAUCCACCCUAAGACCAAAGAUGCGGUCAAUUUCUCCAAGGCUGUGAACCGGUUCCAAAAAGAAGACCCUACGUUCCGUGUGCACUACGACAAAGACUCGAAAGAGACCAUUAUCAGCGGAAUGGGAGAGCUGCACCUGGAGAUUUACGUCGAGAGAAUGCGCCGUGAGUACAACGUCGAGUGCACGGUCGGUCGUCCUAGAGUUUCAUACAGAGAGACCGUCCUCAGCAGCACUCCGUUCGAGUACACGCACAAAAAACAGUCUGGAGGUGCUGGUCAGUACGCCAAGGUGAUGGGUGAGUUCAAGGCCACGUCCCUAUGCGACCCAGAGUACAUUGGCGCGUCUCCAGAGGAGGAUAUUCGGUUCAAAAAUAAUUUCCAGACGAAAAUUGUGGGUGGAAAAAUUCCGGAAAAAUAUCUCCUGGCCUGUAGCAAGGGAUUCGAGGAGAGUUUGGAAAAGGGUCCGCUUACCGGCUCGCGCGUUCUGGGUGUGCACAUGCUGAUCAACGAUGGUCAGACACACGUGGUGGACUCGUCGGAACUGUCUUUUAAGACGGCCACGCAGUUUGCGUUCAAACAGGCGUUCCUGAACGCGCAGCCGGUCGUUCUGGAGCCGAUCAUGAACGUGGUGAUGACCUCACCAGCCGAGUUCCAGGGCGCUGUCAUUGGGCUGAUCAACAAGCUUGGCGGCGUGAUCCAGGACACCGAAAACACGGCAGAGGAGUUCACCAUCACGAGUCUGUGCUCGCUGAACAAUCUGUUUGGUAUUGCUUCGCAGCUGCGUGCUCUGACUCAAGGAAAGGGAGAGUUCACGAUGGAGUUCAAGGAGUACCAGCCUUGUCCGCCACAGCUGCAGAAAAAGCUGGUGGAGGAGUACCAGAAGAAAGGAAAGAAGGAUUAGUGUAUAUAUCGUUGUAUAUAGCCCGUAUAAAGAGAGCUCUGAUUUCAGCUGAGCGCAGACAUGUCGACCUUGCCCGAGUCGAUCCAGGACUGGUCGACCAGCUUGUCACGGGCGGCAGACAUGUGCACGUACGACGACUUGAUGGUGCCCUCAGAAACACCGGUCUUCUCGCUGAUCCGCGACAGAGGGAUCUGUUGCUUGAAGAUAGCCGUCGAAAAAUAGAUAACCGUGGCGGCGAUCGUGGUGGGCGACCGUCCCUCCAGCACACCCAGCUCCUUGAGCGUGCGUGCAAUGUGCUGUGCAGAGGUGGUGAUCUGCGGCGAGAGACCCAAGUGCGAGCAGAAGCGGCCCACAAGAUCCUCUGGAUUGGUCUGUGUGGUGGAGAUAUUGUUGUUGCGGCGAGUGAUGAGUCCAUCCUGUUCUGCGUCUUUCCUCUGGAUAAUUUGCUUGAUGAUCUUGAACACCUUCCCGAUAUCCUUUUUCGGCACGUUUGUCAGCGCCCAGAUCUCGUUGUACGUUCUAGGCACGUCUGCCUUACGACAUCCAAAGAAAAUCGACGCGGCCAUUAUGGCUUCCUGGCUCUUUCCCCUCAACAUCUUGUCGUCAUGCACCAGCUUGUACACCUCUUUGGCGCCGUCCUGCACAACACGCGGCAGUUGAUAUCCAUCACAGAGCUGCGAGAUCUUGGAAUACGCAGACUGCAAUGCGUAGUCCUUUCUAUCAACGACACUACGGUUCUGGAUCCGGUUCAACUCCUUGGCUGCACGGUUGCCGUCAACUCCAGCACUUAUGACCGUAGACAGUUGAUCUGAAUCAAGCGCUCCGUUCGUGGCCUCUCCCACACGCGAUGGAUCGUCUCCGUUCUGGUCGUCGUUGGCAAACGUUCUCCAUUCAGAACGAGUGUCUAUUAUUCGAGAACUCAACACCAGGCCGCAAAGAGCACAAACGAUGUCUCCCUCGCUGUGUCUUUCAACAAUCUCUGGGGGAUACACCUUACACUCUGGACAAACCAGAGUGAUGUUGAGGUUGACGCCCUUUGGUCUCUCGGAUGGCGAAGGCAUAAAGACAAGAAAAAAAAUUAAAGCCGGUGCUUAUGUAAAUACAAUUAUGGUCGGAGAGAUUUGAAAGUACAAAUGGCGGUGGGGGACAAUUAGCACGAAGAAGAAGGGCGCGAUCGAAGUUGCAAUGGUAGUCCAACUCAGUUGGAAUACAACUUCGCCAAGGACGUGCGCUCCUAACAGCCGCAUGACCCAUAGCUAUCUCCGUCGACGUGGAUGUUCACUGCGUCUGUAUAGUCGUCACUGAACUCUAGGCUCUCUUCCUGCUGCAGCGCGUUUCUGGCCACCACGUCGAACGCCUGCUCCACGUUGACAGCCUCCUUUGCGCUUGUUUCGAAGUAUGGCAGGUUUCCCAUGCUGGCACAUAGCGACUGCGCUUUCUUGGACGAAACAAGUCUCUUGUUCUCCUCCACGUCGAUCUUGUUGCCAAUCACCACAAACGGAAAGUUGUCAGGGUCUUUGAUGUUGGCCUGGAUAAGAAACUCGUCCUUCCAGCUUUGUAGGUUCUCAAACGACUUGGUGUUGGUCACGUCGUACACCAGAACACAGCAGUCCGAUCCCCGGUAGAAUGCGACUCCCAAAGACUGGAACCGCUCUUGGCCAGCCGUAUCCCAAAUCUGCAUUGUCACUUGUUUAUCGUCAAUGACAAGGUCCUUGGGCAGGAAGUCGGCCCCGAUGGUGGCCUUGUACUGCUGCGAGAACUUGCCAUUGAUGAACUGUUGCAUCAAAGACGUUUUUCCAACGCCAGAGUCGCCCAAAAUAAUAACCUUGAGGAUGGUUUUCUUACGA